ACUGGUAAUAUAUGCACAGCAAAUACAAAUGGAUGCUCUGAUCAACAUAACAAAAAUGAAGAGAAAGUGGGUUUCAAAAAACAAAAACUACAUACAUACAUACAUACAUACUGCCUAGGUGGAUGCAGCACUGGAGACUAUGUCUGCUGCCAACCAUGUCAACAUCAUCACAAUCAGGGGCGGACUGACCAUUUGGAAACUCGGGCACUGCCCGAGGGCCCAGGGUCAGUAGGGGGUCCCAUGAGAUGACCUUGGUACCUUUUUCAUAGGCUUUUUUGAGUUUGGGCAAGGACACAGGGGCCCCAUGAUCCCCUAUUGCCCGGGGGCCCCAU